AUGGAGACUUUAUUACGAGUUCUGUCAAACGAACUCAAUGUGAUGGGUUCUCCUUGGCCGUUUGUUACUUGGGGAAUGGAUGUUAUUGGGCCCAUAGAGCCUCCUGCGUCCAAUGGACAUCGUUUUAUCUUGGACGCUAUCGAUUACUUCUCAAAGUGGGUUGAGGCCUCAACACAUAAGGCCGUAACAAAGAAGGUGGUAACAAAUUUUGUUCGUAACAACUUAGUCUGUCGGUUUGGAAUUCUAGAGUCAAUUAUAACAUAUAAUGGAGCCAAUCUUAAUAGCGACCUAAUGAGAGAGAUUUGCAAAAGUUGUAAGAUCUCUCAUCAAAAUUACUCGGCUUAUCGACCACAAAUGAAUGGAGCGGUUGAAGCUGCAAACAAGAAUAUCAAAAGGAUCCUGAGGAAAAUAGUAGACGAUAAUAGGGAAUGGCAUGAGAAGUUGCCAUAUGCUUUACUUGGAUAUCACACCACAAUCAGAACUUCUACUGGGGAGGUUGGUCUAGACGAUGCUGAAUGGAUUCGUAGCAGGAUCGAGCAGUUGAUGCACAUUAACGAGAAGAGGUUGGAUGCA